CUGUUGAUGUUUGCAUAUGUCUUGUGUUGUUUACUAAAUUACUGUAGCUCUUAAACGAUCAAUGUAGAAUGAAUGAAAUCACACACAUAAACCUGUAGUCAUGGCUAACUUAGAAUAUUCAGGCAAACAAUGGAGCACUCCUGGGGUCCGAGUAAAUCGCAUAAUUAACAGCCUUUAGGAUGUGGUGCAGUGUAGUGGCGUCCUGUCCAGGGUGCCCAGUCUGCACUGGGCAAGCAGUUAUUGACCGUGGGUGGGUGGAUGGAUGGAUGAUUUUCUACGGCCCAACAACCUUCAUAUGUUGCAUUACGUCUGAGCCACUCAAUAUUCUCACAGUACCUGUCGGGGAUGGAUUUGCAACUCAUGGUUUGUCUAAAACAACGUGACUCAAACACUGGCUAAAAUACGAACCGAAAAACUGCACGUUCUUUCCGUAGAAUCUCGAAACAAACCGGUAAGCGGCUUGAAUUAACCGUUGGGAGGCCUUGUUUCCGUUCCUUUAUCAGCUGCAAUUUUGAGCCGGUCUCGCGAAUAAUAGGGUGAAAGGCAGAACAGAUAUUGGACAGGAUGCCACUUUGUAACAGGCCUUUUGUACAUUAGUUCUAUGUGCGCAAAAAAAAAAAAAGUUGCCAGUUGAAAGGAGUGUCUCUACAGUGUGGGAUGUGACCUGGUGAACCUGCAGUCCUACGUUUUCAGUCGCUAUAUACCCACAUAAGUCACUCGGACCAGAUGCCAGCAGGGCGUCGGGCGCUCGCUGAAACUCUGUUCAUACCAAUUAAUUUGCUUGCCUCUGAAUAUUGACUUCUUAUUUAAAUAAGUACUUUUUUGUGUGAUCUAUUCUGUGUACGUUGAGUUCACUUUUUCAAAACGCCGUUUUUACUCUACUGUAAAGACAUUUUCUGUCUCUCUGUAGGAUUUCUUACCAUGUCAAAGGAAGAGUAGAUGUGAAAAAGUUAUUUUUUCUUUCUUUUCCCAGAUUGAGACUCGCGAGGUUCAACUGUCAGUGGCACUAAUCCCUUGUCGGGGGGUCCGGUGGGUCGGGUAGAGCCGCUCAGUACCUCUGUCAUGAACGGAAGCAGCAGCCAGGAGUCACGCACAAAGAGUGAGUCAGAUGGAGAAGAAUGGAGCAAGGAGGACUGCCUUACGCUGCUGGAGAGGAUCCGCAGCCUUCUGCCCGAAGAAGACACCAUGAAGUAUAAGACCACUGAGUCUCAUUUUGACUGGGAGAAGGUGGGCUUUAGUGGCUUUACCGGAGACAUGUGCAAGCAGAAGUGGCAGAAGGUUUCCAGCGAGGUGCGGAAAUACAGAACCAUGACAGAACUUCUCAUUGAUGCCAUAGAGUAUGUGAAAAACCCGUACAAGGGGAAAAAAUUGAAGCGGCACCCAGAGUUCCCCAAGAAGCCUUUGACGCCAUACUUCCGCUUUUUUAUGGAGAAGAGAGCCAAGUAUGCAAAGAUCCAUCCAGAAAUGAGUAAUCUGGACCUCACCAAGAUCUUGUCUAAGAAGUACAAGGAGUUGACAGAAAAGAAGAAGCUCAAGUAUAUUCAAGAGUUCCAGCGUGAGAAAGAGUCAUUUGAAAAAAAUAUGGCACGCUUCAAAGAGGAUCACCCAGAGUUGAUGGAGGAGAGGAAAAAGUCUGACCUUCCAGAGAAGCCCAAGACUCCCCAGCAACUGUGGUAUAAUCACGAGAAAAAAGCCUACAUGAAGCUUCACCCCGAUGUAAGCCAGAAAGAACUGAAGGAGGCCCUGCGGCGACAGUGGUCCCAGCUGUCGGACAAGAAGCGGCUCAAGUGGAUCAGCAAGGCUUUGGAGCUGCAGAAGGCCUACGAGGACAGCUUGCGGGCCUACAAAGAGGCACACCCAGAAUCCAUAGCCGAUGAACACGUGAAGUCUGUCCUAACCAAGGCUGAGCGGCAGCUUAAGGACAAGUUUGAUGGACGGCCCACCAAACCACCCCCGAACGGUUACUCGCUGUACUGUGCUGAGCUGAUGGUCAACAUGAAGGACGUGCCCAGCACCGAACGCAUGGUGCUGUGCAGCAAGCAGUGGAAAAUGUUGACGCAAAAGGAAAAGGACAUGUUCCAGAAGCGCUGUGAACAGAAAAAGAAACGGUACGACAUGGAGCUUCAAAGGUUUCUGGAAAGCCUCCCACACCAGGAGAGGGACAGGGUUCUUGCAGAAGAGAAGCUAGCGGGUGUCCGGAUGGGCUCUGGUGGCACGGGGAACACCGGGGGCUCCAGCAGCCCCCACAGAGCCAAGUCGCCCAUGAGCAAGGAGCAUGCUCAUGACCCGGAGCUGGAGCAGUGGGUGUUUGACCCACUCAAGGACAAGAGGGACAACAGGAAGUGUCCAAGGCUGCCUGACACUCCCAGAACGGCUGAGGAGAUGUGGCAGCACAGUGUUAUUGGGGACUAUCUGGCCAAGUACAGGAAUGACCGCAAAAAGGCACAGAGCGCCAUGCAGUCGGCUUGGAAGUCCAUGGAGAAGAAGGAGAAGAUACCCUGGAUCAAGAAGGCGGCUGAAGACCAGAAGCGAUACGAGGUUCAGUACAGCAGAGUGAGGGAGCUCCUGGAGACCAGAACAUCACAGCCUGGACAGGGUCAGCGGAAGCCCAAGUUUGACGGCGAGCCAAAGAAACCGCCCAUGAGCGGCUACCAGAUGUUCUCCCAGGAGCUGCUGACGAAUGGUGAGCUGAACCAUUUCAGCCUGAAGGAGCGCAUGGUGGAAAUCGGCAAGCGCUGGCACAAGCUCAACCAGAGCCAGAAGGACAAGUACAGGAAGCUGGUGGAGGAGCAGCAAGUGGAGUACAGGGCUGAGCUGGACACUUGGCUGAAGUCCCUGUCCCCUCAGGAACAUGCCAUGUAUAAAGAGUUCUCCAGUACGAAGCGGCGGAGCACAGCGAAGGCACAAGGUCCCGAGGCAAAGGUGCGGGUGAAGAAAGGAAAAGUGGACACAUCAGAUUCAGAGGAUGACGACAACACUGAUUCUUCGGACUCGGAAGAUGAUGAGUCUGGGAGCUCCGAUAGUGACGACGAUGGCGACAAUAAUGAUGACGACGAGGACGAUGAUGACGAGGAUGACGACGACGAUGACGACGACCAAACAGAUGCAACUAGCAGCUCAUCCACAGGGGACUCCUGUGACACAGAUAGUGAAUAGUGUCAUCUGUCUAAGGGUUGGGGCCUGUGCAGGACACACCCCCAAAGCCCCACCCUCCACCUUGUGACAUUCUGGGAAGUAUCCUCAAUGGGCGUGUCCAUACUUAACUGUGCACAGGAAGCGAUGAGAGACUGAGAACUGUGGUCCCCAGCUCCUUCCGUUCAACUGGAUAUCUUCUCUUUUAAAAGGAGCCAUGUUACUUGUGCUGUUUUAUUGUUUUUCUUGAGGUGUUAUUAAAAACCUUAUGUUUUUUUUUUUUUUUUUUAAUUAAAUAGCUACGUUUGGAGUUCCUCUUUGAGUAUGUGUUUUGGUUUGUACCAAGGUUGGAAGGGAUGGAGAAGACUUUACAUUUGCUGUCUGCAGUGUUCCUAAUCGUACAGAAAAUGUCUUUGCAGUUCCUUCCCUUGGCACAUUCUACAUUUCAGGUUAAACUCAGUUGCACUGUUUUUUUUUUUUUUUUUUUUUUUUU